AUGGCUGUGUGUAGGCAGACCCCUCAUGGGAAGAGCUUGCUUGGAGUCAACGCAUGUAAAUACGAUGAAAUUUAAGGUCCUUAGCCAAUUAUGUUUGGAAGAUCUAUGCCGUGGAGAAUAUUUAUUUUUGUACUUAUAAUAUACUAUCAUGCUUAUGUUCAGAAGCGUUGACCAACCUGAAUCACUGAUAUGUGAGCCAUACGGGGGGAGGGGAUAGAACCCGACUGAAUCUGCAUCACGUUUGGUUCCAUAUCCCCGUUGACGGGGACUUAAAUAUUAUUUUUAUCUGAUGCGUCCCAUCAAUUUGUCGAUUUAAAAAAAUAAUAAUAAUGUGAAAUAUAAGAUCUCGAUGAGUUCAAUGAUUGCAUAAAAAUAGUAGUAGUGCUCGAGAAAUCGCAGCCGCCCGCUCUCCGCAGGCGUGAAACGUAUAAACGGACAGAUUCGGGUGGUUGGCUCUUUUUGUAAAUAAUACUAAAUCUGGGGUUUUUUAGAUUUAGUUUUUGUUUUUUGGCAUCGCACGCCAGGCGCCGCGUGACAGACGGCAGGCACGUCAUCCGUGACUGCUUCUCUUCGAUCGGAAAUCUCAAAGGGGUGGGGUACGUGGCACACUCAGAGGAGGGGACAGGACGACGUCGUCGUGACGUCAUUUUUCUAGAUGCUUCCGAUGCCAGAUAGGCAUUUCAUUUUUUUAUAGUAUUUUUGAAACAAUAAAGAGGUAAGAUAACGGGCAUUUAGUUUUUAAAGUAAUUGGGGCAACUUUUUUCGAAAAAAAAGUUUCCAAAAAAGGACACCACCUAAGCAAGUGGGUCGCCCCGACCCUUCCUCUCUCCCAACUGACCUUCCUGCUCUCUCUCCAUCACUCUAUCCACCCGGCGGCGGCUAUAUAACGGGGGCCUCUCUGUACCAUCUCUCUUCUGUGUACUCUCCUCUCCGAUCAGAUCUCUCUUCCUCUCUCUACCUCUGUCUAUCUCGUGCUACCGGCGAAUACCAUGGGUACUGUUCUCCGUCCUGCUUGCUGCUGCUUCUGUUCUUUUCCUUCCUGGCCUGUCUUCUCGUCUUCUUUUGUGUGGAUUAUCCCUUAACAUUUGUUGUUUUUUCCUUUAUAUGUGGUUUCUGCGCAGCCACCGGGAAGAAGGUGAAGAUCGGCAUCAAUGGUGAGUGCAUCGGUGUCCAUCUUUGUGAAGGAUGAUUUCUUCGUUUUCUUUUUCCGAUCAUGCAGUGUCUUCGUGUGAUUUGCUUGAUCUCGUCAGUGCUUUGGUCAUUUAUUUUAGAUCUGGUAGGCUUUCGUUCUCUGUGCGAUGAAAUGCUUACUCUCGUAUUGGGGUGACUUUGUUCGUUUUUAGGCUUUGGCCGUAUUGGCCGCCUUGUGGCUAGGGUCGCUCUGCAAAGCGACGACGUCGAGCUUGUCGCCGUUAACGACCCUUUCAUCACCACGGACUACAUGGUAUGCUAACAAAAUCCUUUUGUCCCUUCUAGAUCAUCUGCUAUACUUUGUGUGAUUGAGGAUCUGUUGAUCUCAAGCUAUUACGUUCGAUUUUCUAUUUUAGCUUGAAGAUGAACUUUCAGAUAAAUGAACGUAACAUUUCUGUCUUUUUUCCCGUUUAUCCGUAUUGGUAUUGUCUCCUAGACAUUGGCGGGGUCUUUCAUGACCGCGCGUGCAUGACUGAGUACUGUCCCCCGCCCAUAUUUGUACGGAUAAGUGUUACACUUUUGCCUGUUUUUUUUUCUCCGUCAGAGGUUUAUAUGCCAGUUCAUGGUUUGUUCGGUUGUAAAUGAUCGCAUCGGCUUUUACCGCGUGAAGUCAUUAUUUGUUGCUGGGAAAAAUGUCAUCAGUUUUUCCCCUAAUGCAUGGCUCCAUGUUAACUUUGCACACAUCUGAUUAUAUUCGAUUUUUCCGCAAAAUUUCAUCAUUGUUUAUCAGUUAUUCACUGAUUCUCUCAUGACAGACUGUUUUUCAUUUUUAUUCGUCCUUCUUUGCAGACGUACAUGUUUAAGUACGAUUCCGUUCAUGGGUCAUGGAAGCAUCAUGAACUGAAGGUUCAGGAUUCAAAGACCCUUCUCUUCGGUGAGAAAUCGGUCACUGUUUUUGGGAUCAGGUAACCUUUUGGUUUUGUACUUUAUGUUUCACUUAAUCGUUUUACCGGGCACGUUUAUCACUGGUGUCAGCCUGAUGUGUUUUUCACCUAAUUUUGUUGCUCUAUUUAUGCAGAAACCCCGAAGAGAUUCCGUGGGCUGAGGCUGGUGCUGAUUAUGUUAUUGAAUCAACUGGUGUGUUCACUGACAAGGAUAAGGCUGCUGCUCACUUGAAGGUCUGUUCGUAUCUUUUGCCAUUACUUGGAAUACAUGUCUGUUCGUAAUUGUGUUUAAUGUGGUGUCUUAUGGCUCUGAUCCUUUUGAUCAUUGAGAAAUGUACGUUACAUUAACGACAUAAUUUAUCUUAUUGAUGGUAUGUUUUAUGACGUUAUUGUGCAUUUAUGUCACGGAGGGUAGUAGUCGUUUGUGUUGGCUGGUACAUUUAAGGAACUAUGUUUUAAAAAUUUUAUUGGAGGGAUUCUACUUAUGAUUAUAUUUUUUCUGUCUUGUUGUGUCCCUACCUAAUUUCUUCUUGAGGACACUACUAUGAAACAGAGUAACCUAGUGGCUAAUAUGCAAGAUUUCGAUUGGGUGUGUAUCUAGUUUCUCGCUCUGAUAUGUUAAUUCAUUAACUGUAAAUGUUAUUCGCUUUUAUGUGUUUUUCUUUGGUAUUGAAUUGGUGUGAUAUUACCUCCUUUUUUUUUUCCUUGUAAAGCCUUACGGCUCGGAUAUGGUGGGAAACGUUGACCACGGGCGUUUUUGUUAACAGGGUGGUGCCAAGAAGGUCAUCAUCUCGGCUCCCAGCAAAGAUGCUCCCAUGUUUGUGGUUGGUGUCAAUGAGAACGAGUACAAGCCUGAUAUUGAUAUCGUUUCCAAUGCCAGCUGCACAACUAACUGCCUGGCUCCUCUUGCCAAGGUGAAAGUGUUCUAUAUCUUUACAGCUAAAUUCGUGUUGUUUUUUUCUAUUCCAUUUGGACGGGUGUUGACUUUGGUCCUUUUUCCUGUUGGCAGGUUAUUAAUGACAGAUUUGGCAUUGUCGAGGGUUUGAUGACCACGGUGCACGCAAUGACUGGUGAAUAUCGAUUAAUGUUACCCUACUGCUUUUGGUUGGCGUAAGAUCCUUGGUGUCUCAUCCGUUCGUAUUCUAUUUUUACAGCUACCCAGAAGACAGUGGACGGUCCUUCUGCCAAGGACUGGAGAGGUGGAAGAGCCGCAUCGUUCAACAUCAUUCCGAGCAGCACUGGAGCCGCAAAGGUGACCGAAUCUUUAAUUUGGUAGUGGGCUGAUUUGGGCUACUACCUUUUUUUUUAGGGUGUGCCCAUCUAAUCUCCAAAUGUUGUUUGUUUCAAAGGGUUUUGUUCAUGUAUAUCCUUGUUUUGAAGUGCGGCGACGAACAGUUGUAACUCUGUUCCUCUUCUCCUAUUCCACAGGCUGUCGGGAAGGUGCUUCCCGUCUUGAACGGGAAACUCACCGGUAUGGCAUUCCGAGUUCCAACUGCGGACGUAUCAGUGGUGGAUCUCACCGUCCGCCUUGAGAAGGCCGCAACCUACGAUCAGAUCAAGGCCGCUAUCAAGUAAGCCCGCAUCCAUUGUGCCCGCCACCAUCCUUCUUCGUAUGGGCAUCCAUUGUGUUCGGUUUUUAUCAGAGAGAUCAUUGUACUCUGUUUUCUUCUCUUCUAGGGAGGAGUCGGAGGGCAAACUCAAGGGUAUCUUAGGGUACGCCGAUGAGGAUCUCGUCUCCACCGACUUCAUCGGUGACAGGAGGUAUCAUCGGAAAAAGAAAAAGACUUUACUAUGACCCUUCCGUAAUUCGUUGUAUUUACGCUGAAUUAUUCCAUGGGUACCAAAAAAACGUAGGUCGAGCAUCUUUGACGCCAAGGCGGGCAUUGCCUUGAACGACAACUUCGUCAAGCUCGUGUCCUGGUACGACAACGAAUGGGGCUACAGGUACAUCUCGGAACACCACACCCAGAAGCAAAACCCUAAACGCUUCCCCUCCUCUCCUCCUCUCCUCCCCUUCGAAAUGCAUCGACAGCUUCCUAACGAUAACCAUAUCGAUCUCAUUCACAUUUUAUUAUAUGACUGGGGCCGUGCGUGCUCUUCUGAAGAUGCGCGUGUUCAUGUCUAUUUCCCACUCGCCGCCAUGAAUGUUGAAGACGACUUAGAUGAUGUGUAUCGUUAAAGAAGUCAACGGCAAAGAGAUGCUUAUUACUGCUAUCUUUCCAUUCCUGUUAUUAUUAUUACUUUAUAUAUAUAUAUAUAUAUAACAUUGUUUCUUGUAUUCUAUUUGUGUGGGCAUCUUGCUAUCCUCAUCGUAGAUAAUCAUUCUCGUUAAUUAAUACCUGCUACUGCCGCUGCUGCAUGUAUAUAUGAUUGGUUUUGGGUUUUGGGUUUUGAUUUGAGGUAAGUGGUGGAUGUUUUUGUUUUUCUUAAUUAUUAAUUAUUUAACUGACGACUGAAAACUAUUUCUCUAUUCGUUCGCGUGCGUGCAGCUGCCGCGUGGUUGACUUGGUGCGCCACAUGGCAUCCACCCACUAA